AUGGUAACGGCGCUCGACGGCGAGCGCGUCGUCGUCGCCCGCAUCGCGAACGACGAGCGUCAACGAGUGCGGGAAUGUGACUUUUGUACUUUACUUUUCCUUAUUCUUCAUUCUCUCGACGCUCGUCGCCACUCUUCGACGCGCGUCGCUCCGAAAGUAGAUACGCACACAGAGAAUCGCACGAUGACACUUCCCGACGCCUCAAAUCACGCGUGGGCGCAAACGUACGCGAAAGCGACGCGGGAUCAUCCGUUACCUACGGAAUCAGACGGUGGCGCGCCGAUACAGUUCUCCUACGGCACCGCUGGAUUCCGUACGCGAGCUGAGAUCUUACACUCGACGUGUUUCCGCGCCGGCGCGCUCGCGGCCGCGCGUUCGCUCGCGCACGGCGGGCAGACGACCGGAAUAGUGAUCACGGCGAGUCACAAUCCGGCUCGGGACAACGGCGUGAAGUUGGUCGAGCCGAACGGUGGGACGAUGCCAAUGGCGCUCGAGAGCGUCGCCGAGGCGUUGGCAAAUGCGAGUGAGGCGGAUGCCGAGGCGCAGAUCGCGGCGCUCGGUGAGGCGGCGAGGAUGGUUGACGCUUCGGCGGCGGCGGCGGCUCGAGCGAGCGAUCGAAAGCCGCGGGUAUUCGUCGCCAGGGACACGCGAGCGAGCGGACGGGCGCUCGCGGACGCGGCUCUGGCGGGGAUUCGGGCGAUGGGGGUCGAGGCGGUGGAUCGAGGGGUGGCGACGACGCCGCAGUUGCACUAUUACGUCCUGGCGACAAACACGGGCGCGCCGGACGCCGAGGCGGAUUACUACGCGCGUCUCGCCGCAGGAUACGCCGCACUCACGGAGAAGGAUGAAGACGACAUGACCGAGACCGAAAACGACACCGAUAAUUUCCCGCCGCUCGUGAUCGAUUGCGCCGACGGUGUCGGCGGAGACAAGCUUGCGGGUCUGAGCGAAGCCGUGGAAUCGUACGGGUUGAGGUUCGAUUUGCGAAACCGAGGCAACGCCGCGGACUCCUCCCUGAACGAUGGCGUCGGAAGCGAUUUGGUUCAAAAAGCACGAACGCCACCCAUGCGUGGUGGGUUCGAGAGCUUGGAGCCGGGCACGCGGUGCGUUUCGGUGGACGGAGACGCCGACCGUCUUAUUUACUUUGAGACGCCGCGCUCGCCGGGCGAACCCAUUGCGCUCGUCGACGGCGAUCAGAUCGCCGUUCUCAUCGCCGAUUUUCUCGGCGAAAUGGUGCGCGAGGCCGAACCGUAUCUUACGGACGUUCGCGUCGGCGUGGUCCAGACGGCGUACGCGAACGGCGCGUCGACCAAGUUUCUCACCGAGCGUCUCGGCGAGCCCCCAGCGUGCGUCCCGACCGGCGUGAAACAUCUUCAUCACAAAGCAGAGGAGAUGGACAUCGGGGUGUAUUUCGAAUCAAACGGUCAUGGGACCGCUCUGUUCUCGCCCGCCGCGAGUAAGGCGAUCGAGGAGGCGACUGUGGAGGCGUUGACCCAACGCGCGAUGCCUCAAGUCAAGGCGCUCCUCGCGUUGACGCACGCGCAGCGAUGCAUCAAUCCCGCCGUGGGUGACGCCAUGAGCGGGAUUCUCUUGGUUGAGGCCAUUUUGCGAGUGCGAAAAAUCAAGGGUUCCAUCGCGAAUCUGUAUUACACGGAUCUGAGCAGUCGCCAGACCAAGGUUGUCGUUCGCGACAGGACGACGAUCAAAACCGUCGACGCGGAGCGAACGUGCGAGAAACCGCCAGGAUUGCAAGAAGCGAUCGAGAAAAUAUUGGAUGAUGAAGGGAGAGAGAAAGUCAGAGGGCGAGCGUUCGUUCGACCGAGCGGGACCGAGGACUGCGUCAGAGUGUACGUCGAGGCGACGGAUGAGGCGACGGUUGGACGCGUCACCGACGCGAUUGUUGAAAAAGUGCGGGAUCUCUGCGCCUAA